AUGACUUCAGAUAUCGUUGCUAGAGAGCUCGAGGAGCCUGUUGACGUCGCAGAGUAUCUCUUCAAGCGGCUCAAGCAGAUGGGAGUCGGUUCCGUCCAUGGAGUUCCCGGAGACUACAAUUUAGCGGCCUUGGACUAUCUCCCCAAAUGUGGAUUGCACUGGGUAGGAAAUUGCAAUGAAUUGAACGCCGGUUAUGCUGCCGAUGGCUACGCUCGAAUUAAUGGAAUGGCGGCAUUGAUAACGACGUUCGGAGUUGGAGAGCUUUCAGCCCUCAAUGCUAUUGCCGGAGCAUACUCUGAAUAUGUGCCGAUAGUCCAUAUCGUUGGCCAGCCGAACACAGCUUCCCAAAAGGACGGGAUGCUUCUUCACCACACGCUCGGUAACGGUGACUUUAAUGCCUUUGCCAACAUGAGCGCUGGUAUUUCAUGCUCGGUAGCAAAGCUGAACGAUCCCCGUGAUGCUGCUGCAUACAUCGAUAGUACAUUGAAAGAAUGCUGGACUCGCAGCCGACCGGUCUAUAUCACCCUACCUCUGGAUAUGCUCAGCCAGAAGAUAGAGGGCAAACGUCUGAAAACCCCCAUCGACCUACAACUUCCUCCAAAUGAAGAGGAAAAGGAAGACUAUGUGGUGGACACCGUGUUGAAAUACCUUCACGCUGCCAAAAGACCAGCUAUCAUAGUAGACGCUUGCGCCAUCCGCCAUAGCGUUCUCGACGAAGUCCACGAUCUGGUAUCAAAAUCAGGUCUGCCCACCUUUGUUGCCCCCAUGGGUAAAGGAGCGGUGGAUGAAACUCUCCCGAAUUUCGGUGGUGUAUACGCUGGCGAUGGUUCUACCGCUGGCGUGAGAGAACACAUCGAAGCCUCGGACUUAAUUCUCAGCAUUGGAGGCAUCAAGUCGGACUUCAACACGACCGGAUUUACCUACCGAGUUAGCCGCCUGAACACGAUUGACUUCCACAGCAAUUAUGUCGUCGUUCGUUAUUCAGAGUACCCCGGCGUUAGGAUGAAGGGCGUGCUUCGAAAAAUUAUCGACCGCAUGGGUAAGCUAAAUGUCACUGCUCCCCCAAAGCAUGAAAACGUACCAGAGGAGGAUCCAAAGGCGUUUUCAGCCCCGACGAUUACCCACUCAUGGCUAUGGCCAACUGUGGGCAACUGGCUGCAAGAGAACGAUAUUGUGAUCACCGAAACGGGAACUUCUAGCUUUGGGAUCUGGGGGACUAGAUUCCCAAAGGGAGUAACCGGCGUCAGUCAAGUUCUCUGGGGCAGCAUAGGCUACUCCCUCGGAGCAUGUCAGGGUGCCGCUCUGGCAGCAAAAGAAAUGUCACAACGUCGUACCAUCCUGUUCAUUGGAGACGGUAGCUUCCAGUUGACGGUCCAAGAAAUCAGCACGAUGAUCAGGAAUGAAUUGACCCCGAUAAUAUUCGUUAUUUGCAAUAAUGGGUAUACCGUGGAACGAUACAUUCACGGGUGGGAUGCAGCUUACAACGAUAUCCAAGAAUGGAAGUUCAAGGAAUUCCCUUCGGCCUUUGGGGCGAAACCAGAAAAAUAUGCAACAUAUCAAAUCCGGGAGAGACAAGAACUACUUGAUUUGUUCUCAAACACAGAAUUCUGCUCCGCAAAGCGUAUCCAGGUAUUGUUCUCUGCAGUCUAA